AUGAGGCUCUCACUGACGGUCGUGAAUGCUCUCGUGGCUGCAGCCUUGGCCGCGCCAUCACCAAGACCACGGUCGACUUUGAGGGCACGUCACGCCCGACGUACAGCACUGCGACAUGGCGAAUUCCGAGACUCUCCUGCCAGUUUGAUCUACUCGUCGGGCUCAUUGGAUCUUCUUGACUCGUUGCUUUCGGCCCCUGAAUCCGAUUCGUCCUCUGCCGCCGCCGCUUCCGAAAGCAGUAAGAACAGUACCGUAUCGCACCCUGCCACUUCCCAAAAGGCAUCUACCUAUGUCGACUACAACGAUUCCUGGGCCGGCUCGGUGGUGACUGGUACCGGUAUGACCGGCGUUUCUGGCAGUUUUGUGGUGCCAGAGCCAAAGAUUCCUACCAAUGGAAAUCAGGUUUCAGCUCAGGAACAUGUAGCUUCAGUCUGGAUUGGUAUGGACGGCUAUAACUGUGAUGGAGGCCUCUGGCAAGCCGGUGUCGACGCCGGGGUGGACGCGUCGGGAACUUUCUACUACGCCUGGUACGAAUGGUACCCGUCGGCCACGGUCGAGAUUGACCUCGGCGGCGUCACGGCCGGCGACACCAUCAUCAUCAACAUGACCUCGGGCGGGGACUACAAGACGGGCCAGAUCGUCAUGGAGAAUGUGAGAACCGGCCAGACGUACACCAACACCGUGUCGGAUUCCGUGGCCCUUUGCAGCACUGCCAUUGACUGGAUCGUCGAGGACUUGAUUGUUGACUCGAGCACUUACGGCCUGGCCGACUUUGGCACCGUCACUUUCAGCGAUGUUCAGGGCACCAGCACCAGUGGGAGUGUCACGCUCUCGGGUGUCCACAUGCUGGAUAUCCAAGAUUCCGCCGGAACCCAAUUGACAUCUUCGUCAACCACUGAUAACUCAGUGGUCGUGACUUAUCAGUCGUAG